UCAUGCUGCUGCCAAGUCCAGAGUCUGUCAUGGGUCCCUGUACGGCCUCCCAUUGCUGCUGUCUCCAUCGCCACACUCUGCCAUGUGCCACUUUCAGGUCUCCUCACACUGCUGGUGUGUUCAAUUUUUUGACAUAGGGUGCUGGCAGAUUACGGGCCUCCUAUAGCUGCUGCCAGGCCCCUAAUCUGCCAUGGGCCCCUAUACCGCCUCCUCAUGCUGCUGCCAGGUCCAGAGUCUCUCAUGGGUCCCUGUACGGCCUCCCAUUGCUGCUGUCUCCAUCGCCACACUCUGCCAUGUGCCACUUUCAGGUCUCCUCACACUCCUGCUGGUUUCCAUUUUGUCAUAGGUUGCUGUAUGGCCUCCCAUUGCUGCUGCCUCCACCGCCACACUGUGGCUCCAAACACUGGUUUUGGCCCCGUGACUGGCCAAAUGAGUGUGAAGUGUGCGGUGAUUCUAAGAUCGACGGCACUCAUCUGCAUGUCAUAC